AUGUCUCUCUCUCACACGCACGUAGUCACUAGUCAGUCCUCAGCGGACUCACAGAACACGCCACACCAGCAGGCCAUUCACGUCUCGGACAAGCAGCUUGUCGUUGCAAUGGGUCACGAGCAACAAGAGCGCGGCAGUGGCCACCUCCUGCUCUUCCCGUUCCUGGCGCAAGGCCACCUCAUCCCGUUCCUCAACCUGGCCAAGCGCUUAGAGAGCCUCAGGCAGCGUGGUGGCAGCGGCCACCGCCGUCUCGCGAUCACCAUCGUCAGCACGCCUCGCAACGUCGCCAGCCUCCAGCUCGCGCUGCCUGCCGGAUCUUCCAUCGGCUUCGCCGAGCUGCCGUUCUCGCCGUCGGACCAUGGCCUGCCACCCGACGCCGAGAGCGCCGACGCCGUGCCCCUCCAUGCCUUCCCAACUUUCACCUUCGCGACGGAGCUGCUCCAGCCGUCAUUCGAGAAGCUCCUGACUGAGAUCGCCGGGAGAGAAGGGCGCAAGAACGUGUGCGUCCUCGCGGACAUGUUCCUGGGCUGGACGGCCGAGACCGCCCGCGCGCUCGGCGUCCAGCACCGCAUGUUCCUCACCAACGGCGCCUAUGCCUCCGCCGUCAUCUUCUCUAUCUGGCUCCGCCCGCCGUCGUUCCCGCGCUCCGCCGACCCUGACGACGAGCUUGCGCUGGCAGACUUCCCCGACGUCCGUGUCCGGUAUGUGGACUUCCUGAACGUGGUCCUCAACGAGGACUACGGCACCGACCGGUCCGACCCCGUGGUGGCGUACCUGUGCCGGAUGGUCAGCCUCCACCUCCGACACUCGAGCGGCCUCGUCAUCAAUACCUCCGAAGAGAUCGAGCCGAAAGGUCUUCACCUCAUCGUGAAGCUCUCCGGGCUGCCGACUUUCGCUGUCGGUCCCGUCAUCGGCGUCGGCGGCCGAACAGCUACAGAUGACACCGCGCCGGACCAAGACAUGUGCAUCAAGUUCUUGGACUCCAAGCCGCAGGCGUCCGUCCUGUACGUGUCGUUCGGGUCGCAGAGCUCGAUCCCGGCGUCGCAGAUGAUGGAGCUGGCGCGGGGGCUGGAGGCCAGCGGGCGUCCGUUCAUCUGGGUGGUGCGUCCACCGGUGCAGUCCGACGGGGCGAAGGGGUUCCGCGCCGAGUGGCUCCCCGACGACUUCGAGGAGAGGGCCGCGGCCGCGGAGCAGGGCGUGGUGAGCCUGUGGCACGGCGUGCCGGUGGUGGGCUGGCCGCUCAUCGGGGACCAGCUGUUCGACUCCCGCGUGCUGGUGGAGCUCGGCGUCGGCGUGGAGGUGGCGUCCGGGAGGUGUUUCGGCGGGCUGGGCAGCAAGGGGUCGGAGCGCGUUAGGGACGUCGUGGAGACGGUGAUCGGGGACGGCGACAAGGCCAAGGACAUGCGUCGGAAGGCUGCCGAGAUGAAGACGCUGGCGCGCGCGGCUGUCGGACCCGCAGACGGAGACGGCAAGGGCAAGGGCUCGUCCGUGCUCGCCAUGGAGCGCCUCGUCGAUAGCGCCUUCGACUGA